AGCGACUUGAGCAAUGCGCCUGCAAAUUCUCCUUGCUUCCGUGCCCCUCGCCACGGGCCUCGUGGCCCGCACGGCGGCGCCCGUGCGCCCCCCGACGUCGCUCAAGGUGAGCUACCUGAGCGAGGUCGAGGACGCGGACAAGAAGAAGAAGUACUGGGAGGAGGACGGCUACAACGAGUACGGCGACAAGAACUACGACAACCUGCCGAGCGACCCGCGCGCGCACACGAACGUCGGCGAGGCCGACGCGAACGGCGUGCCGCUGAACUACGACGGCUUCAUCGACGCCGAGGGCUUCGACGGCGGCGACGGCCAGGUCGGCGUCAUCGGCGACGGGAAGAACGCCAUGGAGGAGUACGACAUGAACCAGGCCGUCGAGGUGCGGCGGAAGAACAUGGUCGGCGGCUCCGAGAGCAAGUUGAACGCGAAGAACGCGUGGGGCACGUCGACGGGCUACGCCGAGGAGCUCAAGAAGAAGGGCAUGGUCGCCUACAACGAGUACGGCGAGGACGUCAUGCAGCAGAAGCGCCAGCAGCUCGAGAACUGGCGGAACCAGCAGGAGCUGCGGAUCCAGAAGGACGGCCAGAUGAAGCAGCUCGCGGACCUCCAGGGCAAGGAGUACCAGGCCAUCAACCACGGUUCGUAUCUGGCCCAGUUCGACAAGAAGCCCGCGGACAUGGACAUCAUCGCGGGCAACCGCGACACGUUCGUCGCCGACGAGCUCGUCGCGGGCGACGCCAUGGGCGUGCUCGCGUGCAAGGCGACGCUCAACGGCCGCGGCGGCACCACCCUCACAAUCAAAAACGAGUUCUCGACCUACGACGACUUCGUCGCGGGCUUCGCGGCCGGCGGCUCCGACGCGAUCACCGUCGAGCCGACGAGCGGCACGCUCAACCGGCGCUCGGGCGAGCCCCAGGAGUUCGUCAUCAAGUUCCAGCCGACGGCCUUCGCGCCCAGCUACGAGGCGAAGCUCGUCAUCGAGACGGAGAGCGUCAAGUGGACCUACGACGUCGCGCACCAGAAGCCCGCGCCGUUCGCAUCGAAGCCCGUGAGCGAGAAGCUGCAGAAGCCGCCGGUCGCGGGCAGAAAGGGUCGCGGGUCCGCGUCGAACGCGUCGCGGUUCGACGCGUUCCGGAAGGCGAAGGCGCCUGCGAGCACGAGCGCUGGCAUCGACUACAGCCGCUGGGACGCGCUCGCCGACGACGACGACGACGACGACGAGCGGCCGGCGCAUCCCGCGAAGCGCGCCGCGACGGGCGACCCGCCGCCGCCGCCGCCGCCGGCCCGCGAGCGCAUGCGCCUGCUCCCGCGGCCCGACGCGCCGCGGAGCGGCCGGCCGGGUGGCGCCGACCCCGGCGCCCGGCCGCCGAGUACCUUCGCCGUCGGCCCGACGAGCCCCGAGGAGCUCGCGGACAUCGACGCGGAGAUGGCGCAGCUCCGGCUCAUCGCCGCGCGGUCCGCGGCCGAGGCCGUCGCGUCCGAGCGGACACCCUGGCCGGCGGAGGCGCCGCCCGCGCCGCCGCCGACGCCCGCGCCGGCGGCCGCGCCGCCGGCGGCCGCGCCGGCGGCCCACGCGGGCCCGAGCCCGCUGCUCCAGCUCGUCGGCGCGUGCCGGUCCGGCCUCCGGGAGGAGGUCGACCGGAGCCUCAUGGACACGCUCGCGGAGGUGGCCGACGCGCGGCGCCGCGAGCAGCGGAAGCGGCCCGCGCAAAGCGACUCUAGUAACCCCUAGGUGUG